GUCUCACACCAAACACAGCACAACCAAAGAAAAAUAAUCAAAUUCAACAUUAAUUUCAAAUCCGCAUUUUCAGUCUCUGAAAUCCAAAAAAAACAAUACAAAGAUGAUGAAACUCACACAUAGUUAUAGUUUCUGUUAAGAAACAAAGCUUCUUUCAAUCUUAACCGUUCAUUUCACCGAUAGUUCAAUAUCAACCGUGGAUGGGCCAAGCAGCUUCCACGGUCACCGGAACCAACCGCCGGGAAAGCGCAGGCAACCGAUCUACGAAAACCACCAGAUCCACCGCCUUGGUUUCUCCGAUGAUCUCCACCGACGACGGCGACGAUGUUGCAGAUCCGGUUGACGGCGACGGUAACGAUGGAAUCGGAAACUCCGAUUAUAUAUCAGAUCUACCUGAUGAGUGUUUAGCGAUUGUGUUUCAGUCGCUGAAUCCCUCUGAUCGGAAUCAGUGUUCACUCGUUUGCCGGCGGUGGCUUCACGUUGAAGGACAGAGUCGUCAACGGCUUUCGUUGAACGCAAAGCUCGAUCUUCUUCCGGUAAUUCCUUCCCUGUUUAAUCGAUUUGAUUCAGUGACGAAAUUAGCGUUGAAGUGUGAUCGUAGAUCUGUGAGUAUUAGAGAUGAAGCGCUUGUUAUAAUCUCUGAGCGUUGUCCUAAUCUCACGCGCCUUAAGCUCCGCGCGUGUCGUGAACUUACGGAUGCAGGAAUGGAAGCUUUUGCUAAGAAUUGCAAGGGUUUGAGGAAAUUAUCGUGUGGAUCUUGUACUUUUGGAUCUAAAGGUAUGAACGCCGUGCUUGAAAACUGCGCCGCACUGGAGGAAUUGUCGGUGAAAAGGCUUAGGGGAAUUGCGGAGACUGCUGUGGCUGAGCCGAUUGGACCGGGUGUGGCCGCGGCGUCGUUGAAGACGAUUUGUUUGAAGGAGCUUUAUAAUGGACAGUGUUUUGGUUCGUUGAUUUUAGGUGCUAAGAAUUUGAAGACUUUGAAGCUUUUUCGAUGUUCGGGUGAUUGGGAUACGCUUUUUACACUUAUGGCGGAAAGAGUGGCGAGUAUGAUUGUUGAGGUUCAUUUUGAGAGGCUUCAGAUUAGUGAUAUUGGCUUGCAAGCUAUUUCGAAUUGUUCAAAUUUGGAGAUUUUGCAUCUUGUUAAGACACCUGAGUGUACUGAUAUGGGACUUGUUGCGAUAGCUGAAAGAUGCAAGUUGUUAAGGAAGCUACAUAUUGAUGGAUGGAAGGCAAAUCGGAUUGGCGAUGAAGGGUUAAUUGCGGUUGCAAAGUUUUGCCCUAAUUUGCAAGAAUUGGUGCUUAUUGGUGUUAACCCUACGAGAGUGAGUUUGGAAAUGUUGGCAUCGAAUUGCCCGAAUCUAGAGAGAUUGGCUUUGUGUGCAAGUGAUACUGUUGGUGAUCCUGAGAUAUCUUGCAUUGCUGCAAAGUGUUUGGCUUUGAAGAAACUUUGCAUCAAGAGUUGUCCUGUUUCUGAUCUUGGGAUGGAAGCUUUGGCAAAUGGUUGUCCCAAUUUGGUGAAAGUGAAGGUUAAGAAGUGUAAGGGUGUUACCCCUGAAGGUGGGGAUUGGUUGAGGCACACUAGGGUUUCUGUUGCUGUUAACUUGGAUGCGGUCGAAGCAGAACUUCAAGAUGCUAGUGCUAGUGAUGGUGGAGCACAAGACAAUGGGAUUGAAUUUCCUUCAAUGCCUGGCUCCGCAGCAUCUACAUCGGCAAAUAUUGCAUCGAGAAGUACUGUUCGAUCAAGUUCGUUCAAGCAAAGGUUAGGGCUAUUGUCCGGGAGGAAAAUUGUAGCUAGCACUUUGAGAAGAUGGUCAGGUGGUAGCACUAGUGCCCGCCAUGGUUAGAGACAAGAGCAUAAGGAAGCUUGUUGUCUUUGACCAUUUUUCGAUAUUAUUAUUGUUCUGUAUCAUUUGAUUUUCUAUAUGUUGUACUUAACAUUUGAUAUUUAUGCCGUGUGAUGUUUAUUGCCUUUUGAAUUGAAUCUUCACGGUUGAAGUGUCAAUGGCAUUUUUCCUCUCACUCAUCCUGCGUAGAUUAUACAUUGUUUGUUUGAUUCGUCUCUUGACUGGAUUCUAAGAUUUGAAGGACUGGAAACAACAGUGUGUAUAGGAUCAUAGAGGUUAAGGUUGUUUGGUUUUUGUAUGAAUUAUGAUUGUUGUAUCCAUGUUUCAUCAAACUAUAGUAUUGUAUCAGAUGUCUGGUAGUAAAUGGCAGAAGAUAUCUGUUUUUCAUGUUA